CCGUGUGUCAAGCUAAACUUCCGGGUAAAUAAAUUGUGCAUGAAGUGAAAUCUGCUUACAGGUUCAUUUGGACGAACUUUUUGGCAAAUUUUACCUUAGAAAAUGUCCCGAGGCUCAAGUGCAGGGUUUGAUCGACACAUUACCAUCUUCUCUCCUGAAGGCAGACUUUAUCAAGUUGAAUAUGCUUUCAAGGCUAUAAACCAAGGUGGACUCACGUCAGUAGCAGUUCGGGGGAAGGAUUGUGCAGUUGUUGUAACACAAAAAAAAGUACCAGACAAGCUUCUGGAUGCCUCCACAGUGACCCACCUCUUCAGAAUAACAGACAACAUUGGAUGUGUAAUGUCUGGGAUGACGGCUGACAGCAGGUCCCAAGUCCAGCGAGCUCGUUACGAAGCAGCCAACUGGCAGUACAAGUACGGUUAUGAGAUCCCAGUGGACAUGUUGUGUAAGAGAAUUGCUGACAUCUCCCAAGUCUACACGCAGAACGCCGAGAUGCGACCUCUAGGCUGCUGUAUGAUCGUGAUCGGCAUAGACGAAGAGUACGGACCUCAGGUGUACAAAUGCGACCCUGCAGGCUACUACUGCGGCUUCAAGGCCACCGCAGCUGGAGUGAAGCAGACAGAAGCCACCAGCUUCCUGGAGAAGAAAGUGAAAAAGAAACUGGACUGGACCUUUGAACAGACUAUCGAGACGGCGAUCUCUUGUCUGUCAACCGUUCUUUCCAUUGACUUCAAGCCCUCUGAGCUCGAGGUGGGCGUCAUAACAACACAGGACCCUAAGUUCAGGAUGCUGACAGAGACUGAAGUAGACUCCCACCUCAUGUCCCUGGCAGAGCGGGACUGAGCCAGCUGACACCUGCUGGAUUGACUUAGAGCAUGAUGGGAUUUGCAUUUCCCAGGCUGAGGCUGGUGUUAUCUUUGUUUGCUGUAUAUUUACCCCCCCUCUCCACCCUCUCCCACCACUGUUUCAUUCAACAAUAAAAAAAAAACAACUUUUUGGAGU